CUCUGUUGGCUUAUGGUAUUUUUCCAACAGUCCAGUGUACUCUUAACUUGUUGGUAGAAUGGCUGAAGUAACUCCUGCUUCUGAAUGUUCUCGAAAAUUAAUAAGCAAUUUUGAUACUAAAAAACUACUUGAGGAUGUGCUGGAAAUACUAAAAGAUGAAAAGGUCUUUGAUACCACUGGUGAGUUUCCGGUGGUUGAAUUUUCACAUCCACAUGAGCUUCAGAAAAAAAUUGACAUCAAAUUAAAAAACGACGGAUCAAGCGGUGAGGAAAUUAAAGAUGCGGUCCGUAAAAUAGCGCAUUAUUCAGUAAAAACAUCAAACCCACAUUUUCACAACCAACUCUUUUCUGGAGUAGACAGUUACGGAUUGGCCGGCGCUUUGCUGACAGAGUGCUGCAAUACCAGCCAAUAUACCUAUGAAGUGGCGCCAGUGUUUCAAUUACUAGAACGUCAAGUAUUGGACCAGUCGUUAAAAUUAGUUGGAUAUCCGGGAUACCCAGAGUCAGAUGGGAUUUUAUGUCCAGGUGGCAGCAUGUCGAAUAUGUACGGCAUAGUAUUAGCACGAUACUCACGUAUUCCUGAAAUAAAAACCAAAGGUUUAAGUGGUUUGCUACCGCUGGCAAUGUUCACAAGUGACCUUGGUCACUACUCUAUAUCAAAAGCUGCUCAUUGGUUGGGUUUAGGAACCAACAACAUUUACACAGUAAAAAGUGAUGAACUAGGACGCAUGGACCCAGAGGAUUUGAAGAAAAAUAUAAAAGACGCUAGAACUCGAGGAACGAUUCCAUUCUUCGUGAAUGCCACUGCGGGGACAACUGUCGUUGGUUCUAUUGAUCCACUUGAGGAAAUUGCUGCCAUUUGCAAACAAGAAAAUCUCUGGUUUCAUAUCGAUGCGUGUCUAGGAGGCACUUUGUUGCUGUCAAAAAAAUAUCGCGACCGACUUAAAGGAGUAGAAUUAUCAGAUUCAGUGUCAUGGAAUCCGCACAAAAUGCUCGGCGCGCCAUUGCAGUGUUCAUUAUUUUUAGUUAAACGGAGGAAUUUGCUACACGAGGCCAAUUGCUCUGGAGCGACGUAUUUGUUCCAACAAGAUAAAUUUUAUGACGUUUCUUGGGACACUGGGGAUAAAAGUGUCCAAUGUGGAAGGAAGGUUGAUGCUGUCAAAUUAUGGUUAAUGUGGAAAGCAAGAGGCACAGAUGGACUCAGUUUAUCAGUUGACACAGCCAUGGACUGCGUUAACUAUUUUUUCAACAAAAUAAAAGACCGUCAAGGUUACAGACUCGUAUUUCCAAAAUACGAGGGCAAUACCAUUUGCUUCUGGUAUAUACCCCCAAGUAUGAGAGCCCAGGAAGAAACAGAAAAAUGGUGGGAAAAAUUGUACGCAUUAACGGCUAAAAUAAAAGAACUUCUGGUGUUAGACGGGCGAUUAUUAAUCGGUUACAGCCCGCUGUCAAGUAAAAAAAUAGGAAAUUUUUUUCGAAUGGUCGUUUGUUGUCAGCCGACACCGACCUAUCAAUCAAUGGAUUUUGUUCUUCAGCAAAUUGAAUUUAUUGCUCAUAAAUUAUAACCUCUAAUUUUUCUUCACUGACAUGAAGUCAUUACUGCGCAUGUCUCAGCAAAAACAUGGACUUCAUCAUAGCCAAAUAAUGGGAAAAAAGAUCAUUCUCUUGCGGAAGUACAAAAUUCAUUUUCAGGUCAAAAAUGAAUAUUUUUAGCUAAUUAUAUAUAUUACAUAAAUUUUGACAGGACUUUUGAGGAUAAUUAAAUGUU